CUACAUGCGUCUUACAGUUAGAUGCCUUGCCGUUGUUUAAUUAUUGUCGAAGCAGCACCACGUGAAAUCCACUCUCAUACAACCGAUUUGGUGCGCAACAAUAUUAGGACUGUACCAUUAUCGCUGCGAACGGGCGCGAAGGUUGUACCCCCUUCGAUACAAUGCAUUCGCCCAUGGUGUAGCGCGAGAUUGUAGUACAACCAACUUCAGUGUGUAGCCAGAGUCUACAAUGAAGGCAUGCAUGGAUGAGGCGGGCAGUGGAUUGUUUCUACCUUAAAGGCAUAAGUCUGAUCUAUGAUUACUUGGCUGAUUUUAAGCUAGUAAACUUGGCCGAUUAAACCGGUUGUCAGUGUUUUGAACAAUCGGCCCUCAAGGUACAAAAUAGAACGAGCGACGGCUGAUCGCGCUUUGCUUGUGAGCUCUGUUAAAGGGGCUAGUGAUGAGCGCGCUUGACGUUAUGCAGGAUUUACCUUGGAGCUAAACCAUUGUGGAUUACUGUUCAUGUAUAAUAUUUUUGUUUCUUUGCAACCUACCUCAUUCUGUGGAUUGUGAAUGAAAGAAUUUUCUCCAAAAUGAGCCAGUUUUGGAAAGGUGUGGAUUUACCUGUGUUAAACGCAGUUUACCUGUGUUUUCUACUGCUAACGUUGUGUGUUUCGUGGGGGGAGAGCCGUUCAUGCCCCCGGGAGUGUUCCUGUCGGAACAAAUACAUCGACUGCAGCUUCAGAGGACUAUUAUAUGUUCCUUCGGAUAUACCUAAUGAUGUGGAGAAAUUGGAUUUACAAGGAAACAACCUAACGGUUUUACGAAGAUCGGACUUCGCAGGGAUGAAAAAACUCAGGAUACUGCAACUAUUGGACAACAAGAUACGUCUGAUCGAGAAGGGGGCGUUUGUAGAUCUGGUCAGCAUGGAGCGUCUGCGCCUCGACCGGAACCUGCUUGUGUCUACCCCGGAUAACCUGUUUGCAAACAUGCCCAACCUGCUCAGACUGGAUCUGAGCUACAACAAGCUUCUGUACAUAGGCAGAAGAACUUUAAAAAGUUCUACUUUGAAAAAUUUACAACUUGACCAUAAUGAAAUUACUUGCAUAUCUGACACUGGAAUCAAGGGAUUAAGGAACAUGGAGAUUCUAACGCUGAGUAAUAACAACAUAACUACACUGCCUAAGGAUAUGUUCCAAGGAAUGAACAAACUAAGAGUUCUACGUAUCAGUGACAACCGCCUGGUGUGUGACUGUCACCUGGCAUGGCUGGCGCGAUGGCUGCGAGCAAACCCAACUCUGGCUCUCUUCACCGAGUGUGCCAUGCCGAAUCACUUGAAGAACAACGAGAUAGCCGAGCUGCAGGACAUGGACUUCAGGUGUAUUCCGGGUGUGGACAACCCCCACCCUCACGCUUGUGUGGCAGAGAACCUGUGUCCCCGGGAGUGCACCUGUACUGAGGGGAUCAUCGACUGUCGGGACAAGGGCCUGACCCAGAUUCCGGACAAUAUCCCAGAAACGGCAACUGAACUGCGUAUUGAAGAAAACCAUAUAACGCAGAUUCCCUCGAGAGUAUUUUCAGAACUUAACAAACUUCAGAGGAUCGAUAUGAGCAAUAACCAGAUCUCCUAUAUCGCCCCUGAUGCCUUCUCGGGACUCCAGUCUCUUAGAACACUCGUACUUUACGGAAACAAGAUAUCGGAUUUACCUCCUGGUGUGUUCAAUGGAUUAAUCAAUCUACAACUCCUGUUGCUGAAUGCCAACAAGAUUACAUGUGUGCGAGUGGAUGCAUUUAGAGAUCUACGCAACCUCAACUUAUUAUCGCUGUAUGACAACAAGAUACAGUCUCUGGCAAACAACACCUUCACACCACUGAGAAACAUACAGACACUACAUCUUGCUCGGAAUCCGUUUAUUUGCGAUUGUAAUCUUCACUGGCUCUCAGAGUACCUUCACGACCAUCCCAUCGAGACAAGCGGUGCACGCUGUGAGACGCCUCGCAGGAUGCGCAGGAAGAAGAUCGGACAUGUUCGAGCGAACAAGUUCAAAUGCUCCGAAGCUCACAGAACAAAGAAUGCAGGGAACUGUAUGAUAGAUCGGGAAUGUCCGCGGGAGUGUGUAUGCCUCGGAACAACUGUGGACUGUUCAGGGCGCGGGCUAAAAUAUAUCCCCAAGGAACUGCCCAUGUAUACAACUGAAUUAAAACUGGAAAAUAAUGAAAUAAAUCGAAUUAAGAAUGAUGGAAUAUUCAAGAAAAAGCUACCCAAUCUGCAAAUACUGGACUUGAAUGAUAAUGCAAUAGAUGUCAUAGAAGACGGAGCAUUCGAAGGGGCAGAAAAACUAACAGACCUACUGGUGACUAACAACAAGCUUACCCAGCUCUCUUCUGCAUCUCUGCGAGGUCUGCAGCAUGUCAAGUCUCUGAUGCUUCGAGGGAACAGAAUCACGUGUAUCAACAACGUUACGUUCACAGAGACGCCCCGAUUGAGAGUGUUAUCACUGUAUGACAACCAGAUCCGAUGUAUAACCCAAGGCGCUUUUGACAGACUGCACUACCUAUCAACACUAAACUUGAUGGCGAACCCGUUCAAUUGUAAUUGUCACCUUGGCUGGCUCUCUGAUUGGCUGAAGAGACGCAAUGUGAUCACUGGCACACCCACCUGCACUGCCCCCCACCCCCUCAAGAACACCCCCAUACAGGACCUGAAGCUGAAAGACUUUAUCUGUGAAGAGGUGAACGACAUUGGCUGCAACACUGGAGUAACACCAUGUUGUCAGGACAGCAGUAUCGUUGAGGAGAACAGUUGUGAUCCCCGAGCCUACUGUCCCCAAUGCUCCUGUGACGGCACCAAGGUCCGCUGCAGCCACCUGGACAUGACCGACAUCCCGAAGUACAUCCCACUCGACACCACAGAACUAUAUCUUGACGUCAACGAGAUCACCAAAAUCCCAAUGGAAAUAGGCUUGCUUACCAAACUCCAAAAACUGGAUUUAAGUCACAACAAUAUUGAGACCCUGCCAGAACUGAUCUUCGCUAAUCUGACCAAGCUAUCAACACUGAUCCUGAGUUACAACAACAUCCAGUGUAUGGGGGACACCAGUUUCUCCGGCCUCAAGGAACUGAGGAUAUUGUCUCUCCAUGGGAACAACCUGUCUGUGAUCCCUUACAAUGCCUUCAAGGAUCUUGUUGCACUCACUCACAUUGCACUGGGUGGAAACCCUAUGUACUGUGACUGCAACCUCAAGUGGCUGUCGGACUGGAUCAAGCGUGACUACAUCGAACCAGGAAUCGCACAGUGUGUUGGACCUGAGAAGAUGAAGGACAAGCUUCUCCUCACCACACCGUCACACUACUUUGAAUGUCUUGGUGACCCUGACCCUCAAGUGGCCGAGAAAUGUAAUGUUUGUCUGAAGAAACCAUGUUUUCAUGGCGGAAAGUGUCACCUUAAAGACUUCAAGAACUUUACAUGUGAUUGUUCAGCUGGUUACCAUGGUUACCAGUGCGAGAAACAGAUUGACGCCUGUUUUGGUAAUCCCUGUAAUAAUGGCGGCAAGUGCACAGUUAUGGAGUUUGGUCGAUUUCAGUGUCACUGCCUGGACGGGUUUGAGGGCGAGAGGUGCGAGACCAACAUCGAUGACUGUAUCACCCACUCCUGCACUAACAACGCCACCUGCGUGGAUGAGAUCCAGUCCUACUCCUGCCACUGUGCACCAGGAUAUAUGGGCAAGAGGUGUGAGACAAGGAUUCCGUUCUGCAAGGCUGGGUUUAACUACUGCAUGAACGGCGCUACAUGUGUCAGCACCGGCUCCGAUUACAGGUGUGAAUGUACCCCAGGAUACCAAGGCAAGAACUGCUCGGAGAAUGUUGACGAUUGUAAGUCCCACACCUGCCAGAACAGUGCCACGUGUUUGGACGGCUUAAACACUUACUCUUGCAUGUGUGAUCGUGGCUACUCCGGCAAACAUUGCGAGAUUGCACCUGUCCUCGCAUUACCGUUACUACGACAACAAGCGUCCGGCGCCUGCCGGUUCCAUGCUUGUCAAAACAACGGCAUCUGCUAUCAGCCCCAUGGCAUGCAACAAGCUGAUUAUAUGUGUAAAUGCGCACCAGGUUUUGAUGGCAAGAAAUGUGAGAAAUUAUCCAGUGUGUCUUUGAACGAAAAGGACUCGUAUAUUCAGCUCCCACCAGUAGACUUCCAAAAAGGAGUCAACAUCACUAUCGUCUUCAUCACCGACUCAAACCAAGGCAUCAUCAUGUAUGCUGGGAGGGAGCAGCAUGUGGGCGUGGAGGUGUUCCGCGGACACAUACGCGUUAGUUACGAUGUGGGGAACUAUCCUGUAUCGACAAUGUUUAGUUACGAGCGUGUGGCGGACGGCAAGCAGCACGUCCUUGAGAUGAACAUCAAACGGAAGAACUUCACCAUGCAGAUUGAUAAUUCUGGAGUCCCCCGAACAGUCAUCAAUGAGGGCCCAAAGGAUUUCCUCAAUGUCAAGGACGAUCUGUUUCUGGGAGGAUUGCCAGCCAAUGUGAACACUCGAGCCUUUAAGAAGUGGCACGUGAGAGAUGGAACCAGUUUCAAAGGUUGCCUAAGCAAGGUCUUCAUCAACCGCAAGCAGCAGGACCUUCUGUCGUCGCGUCACCGUCACCGCGUGACCCCAGGGUGCCAGUUUGACCCCUGCCAGAACCACAUGUGUCAGCGUGGUAGGUGCAAGCCGAGGAAGAACAAAUCAGGCUACAGGUGUAAAUGCAGGCGGGGCUACUCGGGCACAUUCUGUGACAAAGAACCUUCUUGCACUGAGAUUGUUUUCCGUGACAUCUACAUCGACCCUAAGACCAAGUGUAAGUCCCGAGCCAAGAUAAAGUACCGUCGCUGUGAGGGCCAUUGUGGAGACAACUCUUGCUGUAAACCGAAAAAGAUCAAGACGCGGAAAGUUCGACUAUUCUGUCCUGACGGCUCGACAUAUAUCUACGAGCUUCCUGUCAUCCGCCGAUGUCGCUGCAAGAAGUGCUGAAAGAAACUCAAGUGCCACAUUUUGAUGUUUGAUGUACUCGAGAAAAGCAUUGACCAGCCUGCUUGAAGGUGAUUGGUCAGAAACUUUGUUAGAUGUUUCUGAUUGGACGAUAUACAUGCUUUAACCAAAGAAAGGUUGUGAAGGGAAAAAGUUCACAGGAUAAAACCAAGAUGUGGUUAUAAAUGGACAGCAAUAUCUGCCAGGAAGAGUUGUCUACCUUGUACAAAGUGCUUCUGUCUGAUCCAACACCUGACAAGAAGCAUCUGAAAACGGUGUACGUUUAUUUUCUUAACGUGAUGUAAAUCUUCGUCAGGAUGUUUUUGUGACUUGUUCAUCCUCAAAUCAUGGAUAUGUGUGAUGGUGUGUCCGAACAAUUUUAUGACGCAGAGUCACGUGACUAGGUCACAUGAUCGUUGGCAACCAUUUGAGGACAAUCAAUACCCUUGAGGCUGCAUUCAGAUAUCUGGAGAUGCUUCAUGUACCAAAUUACUUAGAAUUGUUUUAUAUUAAACUUUAAUGGUCUGAUUGUGAUAAAGUUGUUUUCUUUUCAUAAAACUUGAGUCAUUUACAUAUUUAGCUAUUUAUAACCCCCGUCACUAUGGCAACCAAUAUGUAGCCCCAUCCUAUAAUUGUGACGGCAUGCCUCCCUCCGUUGACAAUGUAGAAAUGGCAUUUCCCUGUAGACAUCUUUCAAAGUAGGUUUUAUUCAAUUCAAAUAAUAUAUCACACCAAUAAUAACAUAAGUGUUUUCAUAAAGGUUUUUUAAUCAGUGUUUUCGAAAUAUAUAGAAUGUUUUGUUGCAAUCGUGUUUCAAAUAUCUUGUAUUUAGAUCUAAAAUUUCAGAUGUUCACAAUAACAAGUUAUCAUUUGUCAUACCAGUAAUUUGUCAUGUCCUUUAUUUUGAUAAUUACUAAACAGCGUAUAAUUCUAUUUCUGAAACAAGACAAUUUUAAAGUAUUUUCUACGCGUAAGAUAACAGUUGGGAUAUAUGCUCCAAUGAGAUUUAAUGUCACCUCUUCCACUGCCAGCGAAAA